CAGGACUGGCAAACUCAGACAAAAAACAAGCUGUGUUUUAUGGAAGAAUACCACCAUUGAAGGGAUUCAAGUUAACUUUAAAGUGUUUUGAAUAUUUGUAUUUGAAUAUGUAUAAAACUAGAUCUACAGAUUUCAUCAGAUUCUUGAAUAAAACUGUAAGUUUCCAAAGUUAUCAGCUACUACCACAAAUGUCCUUUUAUUGUUUAACAUGAAGAAUAGUAUAUUUGAGAAAUCACUCAUUAAACAUAUUCUUAUUCCCUUCAAUCCAAAAUGUAACCAGCAAUUAAGUUAAAAGCAUAUUUCCUAAUUAGCAAUAGAAAAUCCAAAAUUAAAAAAUAAAGCAGACCUAAAGACUGGACCUGAUUAGCAAGAUCCACCCUCAGUCUCCUCCUUCAACUGACUUCUCACACUCUAAUUCUAGUCCUGUGUGUUCACUCCAGGUGAGUCACCCUUAAGAUUCCUGCAGGUUCAGGAAAUGCUCCUCCAGUCUACAAAUCUCACCUACUCCUAAAUGUGAGUCACACAUAUUAGCAAGAGCGUGAGCAGCCCCAGUUGUUCCUGGGCAGAGGAGUUUGCCAGAGCGCUCCAGAGGACAGUCAGGGGCAUAGGGGCAGAGGGGCAGGAGGCACCUCUCUUCUCUGGAAGCAGAGAAAAAUGCUUACUUUUGAUGCCUCAUCAGAAAACCCACUUCCCUGCCAACCUUAGUUUUAAUCUUACUCUAAUUAGAAAUGCGAAGCCUGUUUCAACUUGAAGAUACUCCUAUCAGGUGAAUGGACAGACAGCCAUGGAAAUGAAAGAAUAGCUGGUACCUCUCCUGUGCCUCCAUCCUCUCCCAGCACCCCCUGACAUGCCGCUCUGCUCACAACACUCCUCAACUGAAGAAUGGGGCUCAACUUGACACUUACAAAAUUACCAAAUACCGAGCUGCUUGGCCCAAGAGGCCAUACCCUGAGCAACAUUAGCGAUGGACUCCAGAGGAAUGCCACCCUUCACAACAAGUUUGACACUAUUGUCUUGCCUGUGUUUUACCUCAUCAUAUUUGUGGCGAGCAUCUUGCUGAAUGGCCUCGCAGUGUGGAUUUUCUUCCACAUUCGGAAUAAAACCAGCUUUAUAUUUUAUCUCAAAAACAUAGUGGUGGCUGACCUCAUAAUGACGCUGACUUUCCCAUUCCGGAUAGUCCAUGGUGCAGGAUUUGGACCUUGGUACUUUAAGUUUAUCCUCUGCAGAUACACUUCAGUUUUAUUCUAUGCAAACAUGUAUACAUCCAUCGUGUUUCUAGGGCUGAUCAGCAUUGACCGGUACCUGAAGGUGGUAAAGCCAUUUGGGGACUCUCGAAUGUACAGCAUAACCUUUACGAAAGUUUUAUCUGUUUGUGUUUGGGUGAUCAUGGCUGUUUUGUCAUUGCCAAACAUCAUCCUAACAAAUGGUCAACCAACUACUGACAACAUUCAUGAAUGCAUGGAACUUAAAAGUCCUCUGGGAGUCAAAUGGCACAAGGCAGUCAUCUAUGUCAACAACUGCUUGUUUGUGGCUGUGCUAAUCAUUCUGAUUGGGUGUUACAUAGCCAUAUCCCGGUACAUCCACAAAUCUAGCAAGCAGUUCAUAAGUCAGUCUAGCCGAAAGCGAAAACAUAACCAAAGCAUUAGGGUGGUUGUGGCAGUGUUUUUCACUUGCUUUCUACCAUAUCACUUGUGCAGAAUUCCUUUUACUUUCAGUCACUUAGACAGGCUUUUAGAUGAAUCUACACAUAAAAUUCUGUAUUACUGCAAAGAAAUGACACUUUUCUUGUCUGCAUGCAAUGUGUGCCUAGAUCCAAUAAUUUACUUUUUCAUGUGUAGAUCAUUUUCAAAAAGGUUAUUCAAAAAAUCAAAUAUCAGAACCAGAAGUGAAAGCAUUCGAUCUCUGCAAAGUGUCAGGAGAUCAGAAGUCCGCAUAUACUAUGACUACACUGAUGUGUAAGUAGAGGCCAAGAGGCUUUCUCUUGUUAGUUGGAAGCAGUGUGUAAAAAGUGUAAAUAAAUGUCUAUUUUCAUUACUCUGUCUGGAGUCCAUCAAAAUAUAAAUGAAAAAAUACCUAAAAUGGCAUGAAGUUGGGGCUUAAUUUGGAACUAAGAUAAAGCACAGCAAAACACCAGAUAACUGAGAUAGCACAUGGAUGAAUGACAGGGUUCAUGACUCAUAGUUUAAGGACUUUCUUUCUGGGGGUCAUGUUAGUGACUAUCUGAGUGUCCUGUAGAUGAUCCACAGGUCACAAAGCUGCUCAGAAGAUACUUCUGCAGAGAACAGAAACUAGAGAGAAUUCCUACAGUUCAAUUAACUGCUUAUUGCAUAGCUCAGUAAAUACUGAUUUCUAGAGCUUCUGUUAACCCACCAAAGACCUGAGUCUACCCUUACCACCCUCUGUCACUAUGUUUAUCACUGUUUUGUGCAUGUAAGAAGAAAAUGUGUGAUGUAAGAGUGGGAACAUAAAGGAAGAGGAAGUAUGGCUAUAUUGUAAAGAAACACUGAUAAUGUUCAACUACUGGAUAACAAUAAGGAGGUCAGAUGUGGCCAGCACCAUCAUUUGCCACAUGGUGAAUUGUAGGGUCUGGCAUCUUGUUUGCAUGGGUGUGCCUGAAUCCUAAAGAAAGGGAAGUUCCACCCCCAGGUUAUGGAUUUUCCUGAAUCCCUGGAGACAUAGGUAGGCACUUGGCCUAUAGGUUACUGAACCUGUCAGUCAAAUGCCUGGGACUGGGAGCUUCCCGUGACCCUGCCCCCUGACCUGACUCUAUUUUGGGUCAGGUGAGGUCAGGUUCCAUUACACCAUGCUGCAUGUCUGUGUUCUCAUCCUGUGCCCUGUCUCCUGGCUUAUCUCCAGUCACCACGGCAUCCCAAGUCAGUUCUCCAUUGGAGCUGAAUUGGUUUGUUGGUAUUGUUUUUGUUCUUUCUUUCCUCUCUGGCCUGUUUCCUAACAGUGCUAAGGGUAUUUGCAGGCCACAGGCCUUUGUAACCACUGGGUGCCUGCAGACUGCUAACGCUCUAAUAAAGACCGCAAGAUUUGACCCUUCAAAAUGUGGCUUCUCAGAUACUUUACCUAACUGAUUUCAUAUCAGCUAUCACAGAGAAAACAAUAUGGUGGAAUUUUGAGACUUUGUCAGUACUCUGAAGUUGUGCUUGCCAUCAUUAAUACCUUAUGAUACAUUUAAUCUUCAUGUGCAAGCAGAACAGAAGAAAAUACACAACCUUGGCUAUUACAUAGUUCAUCAAAUAGUCUUUUAAGUUUUUAUUUUAAAUAUGUAUUAGUAAAAUGUUCUUCCCUGUCAUGUAUACUAGCCUUUCCUAUGUAGGGCUGUCAUUGAUUUAAAUAUUUAACUAUAAGAUGAAAGAUACAGAGUUCAGUAAGUUAAGCAAAGAACAAGUUCAAGAGUAAACAUUUAGAUCUUAGAAGAUUUUCCUUUUUUCAGUAUAUACCUUUGCCUUCAUUUUCAAA